AUGUUUUUUCAAUACUUUUUAUCAUGUGGCUGGUCGUGUGCUUGUAUUUAUGGAUCAAUAACUUCGUUCCUUCUGUGGGAACCCGCUGAAGAAAAUUUUUAUCCGAUCCCUCAACAAGAACCUGAAGAAUACGAUUUUAUUAUUAUUGGCGCAGGAACAGCGGGAUGUACUUUGGCGAAUCGUCUUUCAGAAAUAGAAAAUUGGAAAAUACUUUUACUGGAAGCUGGUGAUGAUGAACCACAAGCCAGCAAUAUUCCCGCUUUUAGUCCAUUACUUCAGGAAUCGUAUUUAAAUUGGAAUUACAAAACACAACCGCAAAAAAGUGCUUGUUUACAAAAUAAUGGAUGUAAUUGGCCGCGAGGUAAAGUCAUGGGAGGUUCAAGUUCAAUUAAUUACAUGAUGUACGUGAGAGGAAAUCAAGAAGAUUAUAAUUCUUGGGAAAGAUUGGGAAAUGCUGGAUGGAGUUUCAAAAAAAUAUUGAAAUAUUUUACAAAAUCAGAAGACAAUAGAGAUCAAGAGAUUAUGGAACAAAAUCCUCAAUAUCACAAAAGCGGUGGUUACCAGAAAGUACAAAAAUUUCCAUAUUUAGAUUCAAAUGCAAAGAUAAUUCUCAAAGCACUCGAGGAACUUGGAUAUAAACAAACAGACAUAAAUGGUGAAACUCAAUUAGGUUCUAUGAUUAUUCAAACAACAUCAGUUAAUGGAAGCAGAGAAAGUGCAAAUAAAGCAUUUAUUCAGUCCAUUAAACACAAACGAAGUAAUUUAUUCAUAAAAAAGAAGGUACUUGUGAAUAAAAUUUUAAUUGAUUUUACGACAAAUAAAACUACUGGUGUCGAGUACUUUUCGAUUGUCACUGGGGAGAGUAAAACAGCUAAAGUCAAAAAAGAAGUUAUACUUUCAGCCGGUUCUGUAAAUGGACCAAAAUUACUAAUGCUUUCCGGUAUAGGACUCAGUGAAGAACUCAAAAAACAUGAAAUUCCAGUGGUUAAAAAUUUAUCCGUUGGUCUUAAUCUUCAGGAUCAUGUUAGUUUUUUCGGCAUUACUGUCAGGAUGAACGAAACAAAUUCCACUUGUGAUGGGAAAUUAGAAGAUUUUUAUCACUACUUGGAGGGGCAUAAUGGUCCAUUGUCAAGUACAGGCGUAACAAGUGUUACAACAUUCAUGCAAACGAACUGCACAUUAAUUAAUGAUACUGCUCCGGAUGUUCAACUCAUGUUCAGCGGAACGGGAGAAUUAUUUUCCUAUUAUGACAAAUUUAAUAUAAUGACAGUAUUAUUAACACCAGUUAGUAGAGGAUUUAUUCGUCUCAAUAGCGAUGAACCAGUGUGGGGAGAGCCGUUAAUUUAUCCCUCUUACUUUGAAGCGAAACAAGAUAUCGACAGAAUGCUUCAGGCAGUUCGAAUGACAUUGAACUUAUUUAAUACGACAGUUUUUAGGAAGAAUCAAUUUCUACUUGUUAAGGAUACAAAAUUACCUUGUAGUAAAUUUUUAUUCAAUUCUGAUAAAUAUUGGCUGUGUCAAAUGAAACAGUACACAUCAACUGUAUUUCAUCCUGUUGGAACAUGUAAAAUGGGUCCAGCAGACGAUUCAGAGGCUGUUGUUGAUACGAGAUUAAGGGUUCACGGAGUCAAAGGAUUGAGAGUUAUUGAUGCGUCGAUUAUGCCAAUAAUUCCUAGGGGGAAUAUAAAUGCGGCUACGAUGAUGAUUGCCGAAAAGGGUAGCGAUAUGAUUAAAGAAGAUUGGAAGGAAAAAGUUACAUAAAACCUUUAUGUCAAAAAAAAACUAAAAGAAUCUGUUUAAAAAUAGAAACAGUAUGAAAAAAGAAGUUAAUUUACCAUAUUUUUAUGAUCUCUAAUUUUUUUUUAGAGAAAAAGUAUAGAUAAGUAAAUAAGGUCCAAACUAAAAUCAAAGUUGAUUAAUGUUGGUUUA